GCUUCAGUCAUUUGGUGUAAUCAUGGAGACGACGGGAACCGAGUAGCAAAACGACUGGAGCCGAGUGAAAAAACGUUGCAGCCCCAUUACACACCCUCCUCUUCGCCUCUUGCUUACCGAAAGCGGCCGUCAACCGACCGAACCACCGCUGUACACAUCACAGAGCCGACUGCAGCCAAGAUGAAGCACUUCCUGAGAGUGGUGACACAGUUCUUUGUGUUCCUUUACUGUCAAUGUCUGUGGCGGAGCUUGAAAUGGGUGGUUAGGAAGUUCACAGGGCGCUGUGAGCUGCAGCGAAUCUGCUACAAUAACAAACAGGGAGCUUGCAGGACCCUAAAGAUAGAAUCGUCUCUGCGGUACUCCAAGAAUGAGCUGUUGCAGUCCUCCCUUAACGUCUACCCUGACAAAGUGGAGAAGACCAUCAAUGAAAUCAUGGCGAUGAAGAAAAUUAACCCUGACACCAACCCACAGCUGGGCAUCUCUCUGCAGGCCAGCCUGCUACAGAUUGUGGGCUACAGGAGUCUGGUGGUAGAGGUAGAGAAGCUGCGCAAGGAGCCAUAUGACUGUGAAAACCCUGAGCAUGAGGACAUGCUGAUGAAGCUAUGGAAGGUGCUUCGCCCUGACACACCCCUCACCAGACGGAUCUCUAAACAGUGGUGUGAGAUUGGUUUCCAAGGCAGCGAUCCUAAGACCGAUUUUAGAGGCAUGGGUUUGUUGGGCCUGCACAACCUGCUGUACUUUGCUGAACAUGACAAGACUUCAGCUCUGCAGAUGCUUCAGGACUCUUUGCAACCAAAGCACAAGACCACAAACAGACAGCCAAGUGAAGUUCCUGACUGGGAGCAGAAAAACCGUGACAAAGCCAUUGGCUAUUCUUUUGCCAUUGUGGGCAUCAACAUCACAGACUUGGCCCAUUCUCUGUUGGUGAGCGGAGCUUUGAAGACCCACAUGUACAACGUGGCCCCAGAGAUGCCAAACCUGCUACACUUCCAUCAAACCUUCUGUUACCUGAUGCAAGACUUCCACCGUUUCUGGAUCGAGGAAGAUCCCAGUGACAUCAUGGAGUUCAACCGGGUACGUUCCAAAUUUCACCGGAGGAUCCUGCGACAGCUGAAGAACCCAGACAAUACUUUGUGCCCCCACUUCUCCGCCUCUGACCUUCAUUUGGUCAACCUCUAAACUCAUCACUGAUCCUAUCAUACCUCCACAGAGGUUGUCACUGGGUGAAAACAAAAUCAGAAAGUAUUACUUUUUAUUAUACACAACAGAGGAGACUUUUCCUUCUCUGCUCCUCUCCAACUUUUCCCAGCUUAUAUCAUGUCGUACCACUGCCAACAGCUCACUGUGCACAUAGUCACAGAAAAUUAAACCUGAGCCUGAAACCCUAGACUUAAACAAACCAACUUUGUCAUAAGAUCUUUUCUUUUGGCUGGAGGUAUGUCAAGUCCUCACAAUGUGAUAGUGUAAACUUAUUAACAUAGGAAGUGAACAUACUUACACACACUGCCUAUACACCCAUCAGAAAGCAUUAGAGCACCAGCAUCAGAGAUGACCAUAGCGAUUGUAGCACGAUUGUAUCAGCCACUACACCUCAGUUUUUGAAAAUUUGCUUAUUUUGAUAGCCGAGAAAGUUUACUUUCACAGCCAGAAACAUCUAUUUGUGUUUAUCAGAGAUACAGCAUAUGUGAUAGUUAGUUGAUCUGCUGCAUACAAUUAUCUUAAUUUUUGUAUUCAAAUUAAUACAUAAAACAUCAAUCUAAAUUUAUUGGUUGUAAGAAGAAAACAUGCUGGCACUGCUUCAACCAAAUUUAUGAGGGUCACUUCACCUUUUGUCUUUGACUGCAUCAGCAAACUGAAUUAGAUUGUAAUGUACUUUGUGUCAACCUGAUAGGAACACUUGAAACCUCUCCCUGCCAAAAUAUAGAAUAUGGAGUAGUUCAACAAUCACUGCAUUAGUUUAUAGUAAACUCAUAUUACAGUUUAGUAAUAGUAAUGUUAUUGUUGCAGAAAGUUUGUAUCCUAAAAAUAAUGAUGGGUUUUAUCACUUUAAAAGGCACACAAGUUUUUUACAUUUUACAUUUGAUUUACAUAUUUUCUUUUGUUACUGCCUUUGGUUUUUUUUUUAACCCAGGCAGAGAUUAUGUUAUGAAUGUUCUUUACCUGCUCACACUCAUGAUUGUUUGAUUUAAUUUUAUUCACUGAAUGUGACACUGUGUCCACUCUUAUGUCAGCCAAAGCAAACAUUUACAUUCUUUUCACUACUUGCAUUAUUAUUACUACUGCCUAAGAAGUUUUGUUUUUUUUCACCUGGGAGCUGGAAUGAUAAUCAUUUAAUAACUGAAACAUAAUUUGUGUGUUGCAUUUUAAAGCUUUGGAAUUUAAAAUAUAGGAAAUGUCUAUAUAAUUAAUAUACAAUUGCUUAAGUGCUUAACAAGUUGUGGGCAUUAAACACCAGUAGUAGAGAACUACUGGUGUUUAAAAGGCUAAUUAUGUUUGCAUUGACCACUCAGUCAAUGCUCCAAUUACACAGCUUGUCAUGGUAAGUUUCUUACUGUUGGCUUCAGUCAUAUAUUCUUUUAUUUUUUUUAGAAAAAUUAUGGUCUGAUAAUUAAACACUUAACAAAUCUACAAUUUGAAAUAAUAACAUCCAUCCAUCCAUUAUAGUAACAGCUUAUUUCCUAAUGAGGUCGCGGGGGGGCUGGAGCCUAUCCCAAUGGUCAAUGGGCGAGAGGCAGGUUACACCCUGGAUGGUCCGCCAGUCCAUCGCAGGGCGAAACAUAUAAUUUAGAAUACAAUUGCUAUGAUGUUCAAAGUCAUAUAGUUCAAAGAACCAAGUUUUUUACUUUAAAAGGAUGUAAUGUUAAAUCAGUUUUGAAUCAUUCUUCCACUUAGGUGUGAGACCAAAGAAUGUUUACGACUGAAUCAGUUAUAAAUGUAAAACCUCCUCCUAGUUAGGGGAGUAAAAGCAUGUUUGUAUAUCGUGUUUUAUUGUGUUUUCUUCCUUCGGUGUGUCUUGUGAACUUUAGCAGUCUACAGAACACAAAAAUCUUUUAAUCGAGGGCCCCUCAUAAGUCAAUCGACUGUAUAGUGUAUAAAGCAGUGGUUGAUUAUUAUCUCAGCUCUCAGUCACAUGUUAAGCUCCCACUCGAUAACUUGAUAAAUUAUAAAAGUCCACAUCUUAAAAAUGUUUUACACAAUUUUUCAUUAAUAAAAAAAAUGGAUUUAGCUAUCCUUCAAUCAUUUAUAGUGUUGUAGAAAAUGUUCUCAUCACAAAACCUAACAUUGUAACCUCUAAUUACAUGAUUUUCAUGGCAUUGUUGAUUGUGUUUGAAUGGUAUUAAAUGCUUUUAUUCCUUUGAAGUAGAUUUCAAAGCUCUCAGUCAGUUUUAAACAGGUGUUUACUUCAGAGAAUGUCAAUGCGAGUUCCAUCUGCUUGAAGUAUGCUUUUCUUUACUAUGGUCAGGUUUUCACUCUUCUAAAAAAAACAUUAAAAAAACACUUUGGGUGGCAAUGAUAAUUUAGCUAUUUGUAGUGUAAGGGUCUAUCUCACAGUAAUAUAGAUGCAGAUGAGUUAGAUUAAUUAAGUGUAUGAUGCUGUAUAUUCUGCUUUGAACCCUAUAAAGCCUUGAUCUGCACGAUAUUUUCAUUGUCACUGCUCUAGCAUUCUGUGUUAUUCAGUAAAGUACUCCUAUACAUUGUAACAGUGUGUUUAAUAUAUUUGUGCUGUACUUUUUGAAAGAUCAAUAAAAACUAAAUGUCAGUAAUAAUCAUAGCUGUGAUGCC